AUGUCAUACAAGUAUACAACAGCAACUUUGUGUGGUCAUAGCCCGGGGAGAGAACCAGGAGGCGCAGACCGGGAACGUCCCCGCGGCAUCCGCAUCCGUGCCGAAGCCGUCGGCAUCGUCGGCGGGGGCCGGGAAGGGCUUGUAGGGCCAGUCGGUGGUGCGGCGGCUGCAGUCGGAGCUGAUGGCGCUGAUGAUGGGCGGCGACCCGGGCGUGUCGGCGUUCCUGGACCCGGAGGGGGACAGCAUGCUCCACUGGGUGGGCACCAUCGCGGGCUCCGCGGGGACGCCCUACGAGGGCACCUCGUACCGCCUCGCGCUGGCCUUCACCGCCGAGUACCCCUACAAGCCGCCCCAGGUGCGGUUGGACACCCCCUGCUUCCACCCCAACGUCGACGCGCACGGGCGCACGGCAACAUCUGCCUCGACAUCCUCCAGGACAAGUGGUCCUCCGCCUACGACGUGCGCACCGUCCUCCUCUCCAUCCAGAGCCUGCUCGGAGAGCCGAACAACGACUCGCCGCUCAACACGCAGGCGGCGGCGCUCUGGGCGAACCAGGAAGAGUUCAGGAAGAUGGUGCAGAAGCUCUACAAGCCCGCCGCGUAG